CAAAAAGGACCAAGCCAGACUGGCCCUUGCUUGGCGGUCAAGUCCAGUACUCACCGAUCAGUGACUCAAUUUCAUCGGUUGAUCAGAAAAUUCGAUGUCGAGCGAAGCCGAAGACGCUGUUCGCCGCCGUACUGCUGUGGCCGAGUAUCGGAAAAAGCUCCUCCAGCACAAGGAACUUGAGUCACGAGUUCGAGGAGUGAGAGAGAAUUUGCGGUCUACAAAGAAGGAGUUUGCCAAGACGGAAGACGAUUUGAAGUCGCUUCAGAGUGUUGGACAGAUCAUAGGCGAAGUUCUUAGGCCUCUGGACAAUGAACGCUUGAUAGUUAAAGCCAGUAGUGGUCCAAGGUAUGUGGUGGGUUGCCGCAAUAAAGUGGACAAGGAAAAAUUAACUUCAGGCACUAGAGUGGUUCUUGAUAUGACUACUCUUACGAUUAUGCGGGCGCUCCCCCGUGAAGUUGAUCCAGUUGUCUAUAAUAUGCUUCAUGAAGAUCCGGGAAAUGUCAGCUACUCUGCAGUAGGAGGGUUGUCGGAUCAGAUCCGAGAACUGAGGGAAUCCAUAGAGUUGCCUCUGAUGAAUCCUGAACUCUUCCUUAGGGUUGGCAUCAAACCUCCCAAGGGUGUUCUUCUCUAUGGACCUCCUGGAACUGGAAAGACAUUAUUGGCUAGAGCAAUUGCUAGCAACAUAGAUGCCAAUUUCUUGAAGGUUGUAUCAAGUGCCAUAAUUGAUAAAUACAUAGGUGAGAGUGCAAGAUUGAUCCGGGAAAUGUUUGGGUAUGCUCGUGAUCACCAACCUUGUAUCAUAUUUAUGGACGAGAUUGAUGCCAUCGGUGGACGCCGUUUCAGCGAGGGAACAAGUGCUGAUCGUGAAAUUCAGAGAACACUCAUGGAGUUGCUUAACCAGCUGGAUGGAUUUGACCAGCUUGGGAAGGUAAAAAUGAUUAUGGCAACAAACAGACCCGAUGUUUUGGAUCCUGCCCUUCUUCGUCCAGGGCGCUUAGACAGAAAGAUAGAGAUUCCGUUGCCAAAUGAGCAGUCAAGGAUGGAAAUUCUCAAAAUCCAUGCUGCUGGGAUUGCCAAACAUGGUGAAAUUGAUUAUGAGGCAGUUGUUAAGCUUGCUGAGGGAUUUAAUGGGGCUGAUCUGCGUAACGUGUGCACUGAAGCUGGUAUGUCAGCAAUUCGUGCAGAACGUGACUACGUCAUCCAUGAAGAUUUCAUGAAGGCUGUCCGGAAACUGAAUGAAGCUAAGAAACUUGAAUCCAGUGCUCAUUACAAUGCUGAUUUUGGGAAGGAUUAAGACCCUGUGAAUUCAGUCUAUAGUAACAUGAGUGAACUGUAAGUGCAAUGUAUUCUGAAUCAGGAAAUGUGUCUGCUUGUGUUUUUUCUGCUUGGAGGAAUACUUGAUUUAUUGCAUUGGAUUUAAUGCUUAUAUUUGUUCUCACUUUAUAAUUGCGAAAAGGAUUACAAUUUACUUGUUAGAAGGACUAUCAAAACUAGUUAUGAACCAUCUCAGCAAAUAUUGUACUUAGGAUGUGUACAUAUUAAAAU